AUGGCGGACGAAGCGCCUCAACAUGUGGCAUCCUCGCCCGAUGUCGAGGAGCAUAUGAGCAUCGGCCGCUACAUCGCCACGCGUUUUACUUCCCUGGUGCCUCCUAUGAACCCUGCGCCAAAUCCUUUCAAGGCCCUGACGCUUCUCAACCGAACUCAGUGGCUCAACUUCACCGUUGCCUUCCUAGGAUGGUCGUGGGAUUCCUUCGACUUCUUCACGGUCUCUCUGACAACAUCUCAACUUGCUAAAGCCUUUGAUAAAUCCGUUACCGACAUCACAUGGGGUAUCACCCUAGUACUGAUGCUUCGAUCGGUAGGCGCCAUCACUUUUGGAAUUGCCUCAGAUCGAUGGGGCCGCAAGUGGCCCUUCAUCGUCAACCAGCUUCUGUUCGUCGUAUUAGAACUCGGAGCUGGUUUCUGUCAGACCUAUAAGCAAUUCCUGGCCUGUCGCGCCUUGUUUGGAAUCGCCAUGGGUGGUCUCUAUGGUAAUGCGGCUGCCACAGCGUUGGAAGAUUGUCCUCCCGCAGCACGUGGUAUCAUCUCAGGACUCUUGCAGCAGGGUUAUGCUUUUGGAUACCUGCUUGCAACGGCCUUUGCGCGUGCCCUGGUGGACACAACUCCACAUGGCUGGCGGCCGUUGUACUGGUUUGCGGCCUGCCCGCCGGUCCUGAUUAUCAUCUUCCGGCUGUUCCUAGGCGAGACCGAAACGUUCCGUCGGCGCCAGGAAGCGCGCCAAGAGAUGCGCGGUGGUGUCGCAGCCUCGUUCUUGUCAGAGGGCAAGGUCGCACUUCAGCGUCAUUGGCUUAUUCUCAUCUACUUGGUUCUCCUGAUGGCCGGGUUCAACUUCAUGUCCCACGGAUCCCAAGAUCUCUACCCAACAAUGUUGGAAAACCAAUUCAAUUUCUCCAAGAACGCAGUCACCGUUACACAGGUGGUCGCAAAUCUAGGUGCUUUGUCAGGUGGCACACUCUGCGGCUGGGCAAGUCAAAUCUUCGGCCGCCGCUUCUCAAUCAUCGUAAUUAGCAUCGUCGGCGGCGCACUCCUCUACCCCUACACUUUCGUCCAAAACAAGAACGUCAUUGCUGCAGCCUACUUCGAGCAGUUCAUGGUGCAAGGUGCAUGGGGUGUGAUCCCCAUUCACCUGAUGGAGCUGUCCCCAGGCUCCAUCCGUACCUUUGCCGUUGGCACCGCAUACCAGCUUGGAAACCUGGUAUCUUCAGCUAGCUCCACGAUCGAAUCCACCAUUGGUGAAAGAUUCCCGCUGCCUCCGACUGAGGAGGCUGCGCACCGGUAUGAGUAUGGCAAGGUCAUUUGUAUUUUCAUGGGUUGUGUGUUUGCAUACGUUAUUUUGAUCACGCUGGCGGGACCAGAGAGGUUGGGUCGGAACUUUGAUGCUGAGCAUGAUGCUGAUCUACAAGAGGUCGCUGCUCAUCGUGGUAUUGAUUCGAAGGUGGCAUAUGGGGAUGAUGCGGAGAAGGCGCGCGCUUCGCAUGUUUCUUAG